CAAAAUAUUUACAUACAAGUAUAUACACAUUGCCAAAUAUAUUUUGAAUUGUUAUUAAUUACGCCGUCAUAAAUUUUUAUUGUCUAUGGAUUUUGUAUGCUAUGAAUAAAUUCUACUUUUCUAAAAACAAUUUGUCUAAUUUGAUAAAUUUAAAGACUCCAGUUAAAAAUAUUGUUUAUAAAUUUUGCAAUAAAGUCACUAGCAAAAUGCAUAGUGUUUCUACAUUAAUACAAGGACAAAAUAUGUCUAUUAAAAUUCUACCGGCACUUGAUGAUAAUUUUAUGUACUUGAUAAUUGAUGAAAAAACUAAAGAAGCAGCAAUUGUUGAUCCCGUAAAUCCAACAUUAGUAAGCUCUGCUGUUGAAGAACACAAGGUGAAGCUAAAUAAAAUUUUAACAACUCAUCAUCAUUGGGAUCAUGCCGGUGGUAAUGUAGAAAUGUGUAAAAAAUUUCCAAAUAUAAAAGUAUUUGGUGGCGAUGAUCGGGUUGACGAAUUAACAAACAAAGUAUCACAUGAUGAGCUCAUUAACAUUGGAAAUUUAAAAAUAAAAUGUUUGUCAACACCAUGCCAUACAUCAGGACAUAUUUGUUAUUACUUAUCGGGGAUUGAUAACGAUUCUCCAGCUGUUUUUACUGGUGAUACAUUAUUUAUCGGAGGUUGCGGUAGAUUUUUUGAAGGAACUCCUGAACAAAUGUAUACCGCCCUUAUUAAAAUUCUUGGAUCACUUCCUGAUGAAACGAAAGUUUAUUGCGGGCAUGAGUACACUUGCAAAAACCUCUUGUUUGGAAUGAAAGUGGAACCAUCGAAUGAAGAUAUAAAAAAACAGCUUGAGUGGGCUAAUAAUCAACGUAAAGAACGAAAACCAACAGUCCCUAGUACUAUUGGUGAUGAAAAAAAAUUCAAUCCUUUUAUGCGUGUUCACGAAAGUUCAGUUAAAGAUUUUACUGGUACAAAUGAUCAUAUUUCAACAAUGGCUAAAUUACGCCAAGAAAAGGAUAACUUUUAAAUACUUUAUUAACAAAAACGUUACUAAAUUUAUUUGAUUAUUUAAAGAGUAUAGAAAUCGCUUCAAAAAAAUAUAUAUACACUAUAUAUGUAUAUGUACAUUAGAUCAGAAUCGUUUAGAAUAACUUAUAUCUAUGCCAUUUAAAUCUAUAAGAUGAAUAACACAAUUGAAAGUAUCAUUACCAGAAGAAAUUCCGUCUUUAAUUUUAAUACUUUGUAAUAAAUAUCUUCCAUAUUGUAAUGAUUUAUAUUGCUCUUAUCUAAGUAAAAUAUAUUAAUUAAUAUAGUCAAUAUGAUAAUAUAUGCUUAAUUGUCAUAACGAUCGGAUAGGCUGAGAAAUUUUAAUUAAAAAUAAAAAUUUACUGAUCAGAGUAUAUGUCAGAAAUAUUUUAUAUAUACUGAGAAUUAUUAAAAAUAAUAGUAGUAGUAAACAAAUCUGAUCAGUUGUUGAACAAUCAAAUGUUUAAAAUUUUUAUAAAUUAGGAAAAAGACCUAGUACUUGAUCAAUUAGGUACGGAAACUGAAUUUAAUGACUGUAACAAUCGUUGUUUGAUCGCAGGUAUAAAUAUAUUCAUAAUUUUGGCAUAAAAAUCAAUUUCGUUAUUUAGCGAGUUUACUAAAUUGGCGAUCCGGUUGUGUGGACCAUUGGCUACAUGAUUCUUGUUGGACAUUGUUGUUUUAAGCAAGCGGUUUCACCUCAGUGGUAGACCCGUGGUGCUAAUUCAAAGCAACUUCUAAUAUCAGGAGUGUCAGUAAUUCCAUUAACUACUUUGUAGUAGAAAACUAGAUCAGCAACCUUGCAACGAUCAUGAAGAUUAUUGAUUUUGAAGUGGCUGCAGACAUCUUCCAUUGAGUUAAGGUGACCAAAUGGCCCAUAUCGAUAAGCUAAGGUCUUGCUGGUGGUCUUAUUAAUUGUCUCAUUGACAUAUUUUUUUGUCAACCUCAAUUUCGACGUUCUUUUAUGACAUUCGAUAUUUGAAUAUAUCUUUUAAUUUACUUCACGUCAAUUUGCUCGCGAUCGUCAUUUUGAUAUAGGGAAAUUUUCACGAAUUUUUUGCUGUUAUUCUUAUUCUUCAGCACAAACUUCCGUAACCCUGCGUGAUCAGGGAAAUAGUACUCGAUCACCCCUGAUUAAGAAAAAUGAUUUGCUCCAUGUUAAGUUUAUAUCUAUAUAUUAGUCGAUUCAAAUUGUUCUAAAUCAUUUCAAAUUGUUUUGAAUUAUUCAAAAUCAUUUUUUAAAAUCAGGGACUCCAUGUAUUUUUAUAUCUACUUGGUUACUGUCCCGAAUUAUAUUCAGUUAUAUCUGAGGCAAAAAAAAAUUUCAAAUAGUAACCACUUACAUCUGGAUUGUACUCAGUUCUAUCUCAGAUUUAGCUCAGUUACAUCUGUAGACAUCCAAAUACAUGAGUGAUCGUGUACUAAUUCCCUGGUCGGGUACUGAAUCUCUUACCUUAGAAAUUUAUUCUUAUAAUAACAAUUUUUGUCAUGCCUUGAUUUAUUGAUGUAUUUAAAAUUAUUAUUUUCUUGUU